CGUAAAUGGCAACCUUUUAGAAUUUCAGAAACUGUUGACGAUAUGGAAGCCUACACAUAUUUGAAUGAUAAUGUCAUUCAGUUGAUUAUUAAUGAUAAUAAUCCAAAGCUUGAAGCAGCACACAAUAUUUUACAAGAUAUUAUGUGCAGACGGUUGUUGAAAUGUGUAACACAGACACAUUGUAAGGAUAAAACCUUGAAAGAAAAUCAUUUGAAAGAGGGCAUAUUUAAAUAUCUGAAAGGAAUACCAAUUGAAGAAAAUUUCCUCCAUUAUGAAAUUGUGAAGUUUAAUAAUGGUAUGGAGAAUAAGGACCCCCUGGAAAAAGUACGAUUUUAUACAAAAGACCACUUGGAUGAGCCAAUAAGAUUAGCUAAAGACCAUGUUUCCUUCGUACUGCCAAAGGUUUUUGAAGAGUGCAGCAUACGCCUAUACUGCAAUACUAAAGACCGAGGAAAAGACGAAAUUGUCGAAAAAAUCAUAAAAGCAUUUGAAAAAUGGUAUCGGGAAAAGGUAGGCUUAAAAACACACUUAUUGUUUUCAUCUAAAUAGGGACAUAGUAUGAUAAUUAUGAUCUUCAAUAUUGAAAAGCAAGAGUUUGUGCCAC